CACACUUACUUGCAUGAGGUACUGCGCUCUCGAAGUUGCACCAAUUUAACCAAGAUGUCAUUUUCGUCUAGGACGGCAUAAUUUGAGCCACAAAAGCUUAAUUUUGUUGAAUAACCUUUUCAAAAUUUUUCUUUAAUAAGCCCUGGCUACUGGGGCACUGAAUUUGAACUUUUGGUAUAUUUCUGAAAACACAGUGAAUCGAUAUCAAGUAUUGAUACCACAAAAUUGACGAACAUUUUGGCGCGAAACCAUCGCUAGAUCACCAAACAAAAACAAGAGGAGAUCAACAAUGAGCCGACAAACCAAACUGUUCGGCGAGAAAGCCUUCGACCUUCUGAAGGAACUGGAGAGAUCAUCGCAGACCAUUCCCGCCUUCGACGACGACGGUGUACGUCAGGUGCUGGAGGAGAUCAAGGCGAUAUUCGAGGAGAACGUGGCUCAGGCCUCCACCUACAAUACUUCCGGGGAUCGCAGUCUGUGGCCCCUUCUCAACUUCAGACAUGCAGCUCUCCAGCGGAACAAGAGGUGCCUGCUGGCCUACUUGUACGAGCGGUGCAAGAGGAUAAAGGCCCUCCGGUGGGAGUUUGGACCCAUUAUUCCCGGGGACAUCAAGCAGGCACUUUGCGAACCGGAGGUCACCUUCUUCAACAACUACUCCAAGUCCCUGGCUGCGUACAUGUGCAGUGCGGGCUACAACCAGGGGUUGCCCAUCGACCUAACCAACAACCUGCGUCCUCCGAAGUCCCUCUACAUCGAGGUGCGCUGCAUGGAGGACUAUGGGAAGUUCGAGCUGGACGACGGCGAGGUGAUCCACCUGAAGAAGAACAGCCAGCACUAUCUGCCCCGCGCUCAGGUGGAGUCUCUCGUGAGGCAGGGCAUUCUAACCCACAUAGCUUAGUCUGAAUUAUUCGAUAGUUUACUAUACAUAAUUAGUGGUUUAACGUACAACAAAUAAAACUUACACAAUUAUUUAGUUUAAGUAAAUCGUA